UUUUGUCGUCGCCUUGGCCGCCUACAUCGGGACGGGGCGAAAAUGCGACGCGGUUAUAAAAAUCUCGCACGCGGUAUGAGGUCAAGGACCGCGAAUGGCACUGCUGACCGGGCGACGGAGCGUAGUAUGUACGGCGCGCUUCGAGACGCCCGUUCGUCCGUCGGCGUAAUUUUACGACGUGGCACGCGUCCCUCGCCGCGGGAAAGCGGCGCGUUCAAAUGUCAAACCGGAGAAACGAUGUCAUUGUCGACCGCCACCGCAUCCUCUUUCCUUUCGCCGUAGCCGCGACACGAAACGGUGCGAAAUAAAGCCCCCACUACACACGCCGCCGCACAUCGCCGAGCACGGGAGCCGCCGGAGAGCCGACGGAACGGGACGGAAAACGUUACGGCGCAUGCGCAGAAGCGGCGCGCCUGCUUUUUCCGGACGGGGAAACAGAGGAAAUCUGAGUGUCCGGUUUGUUUAUGUCGACUUCGAGUGAUGGAAUUCUUUCUUUUUUGGUCGGUGCCACUGGGAAUCGGAUGAAGAUCGCUUUCGACGGGAUCGCCGAGAGAACCGCGCGUUGUCCGGCGACAGCACCGGUGUUUGGUUUUGAUGUGUGUGCACGCCGGAGAGCAUGAGACGCGGAGACGGUGCCCGUUUCGACAUUAGGCCUAGCGCCUCGCUGUGUUGUGCCCCGGAGAAAUACUUGCUCAGCGCGCCGUCACCGACGUCGAAAUGAUGUCCAAGCAGGAGUCCAAGUCACACACGGGCCCGAACCAAGUCAGAAAGGAGUACAGCUCGUGGAGCCAGGCUAUCUACGACGCGGUGCUGACCGCCGAUGACAACGGAAAUUUGAACUUGACCGUCGACGGUGGCUCCGACCGGGGCGAAUUCGCUUACUUUAGUUGUGUUAAUUUCGAUAAAGUGAAUUUCCUGAGCGGCCGAAUCGAAGACGGCGACACGAUCUUGGAGAUCCAAGGACAUCGUGUGGCUGGUUACACGCGAAACGACGUGCUGUCUCUACUCAAUUACAGCGCACGAAACGACAGUGCCGUGUCUGUGCGAUGCGUCAGAGCAGGUGAGUAUCUUGCCUACCUUACCAAGGACUUGAGGCAGUUCCUGAACACACGGUUCCAGAAAGGUUCCAUCGACCAUGAUCUCCAGAACACCAUCAGGGACAACCUCUACCUGCGCACAGUGCCUUGCACAACACGAAGUCCCCGGGAAGGAGAAGUGAACGGUGUGGACUACACGUUUCUGACGAUAGAGGAGUUUGUGGCCCUCGAAAGAAGCGGGAGCCUACUGGAGAGUGGAAUAUAUGAAGGCAACCACUACGGCACGCCCAAGCCGCAGGAGGAAGGCCUGCUGCUGCCUGGGGCGCACCCAUCCUCGGAAGGCAAGCGGCGCAGGAACCGCUCCAACGUGGAGGCCAUGACGGCCAAGUCCCAGGAGCCGGCCCCGUCACCCAGCCCGUCACAGGGGCUGCUGCAGCCCAAUGGGGCCGGUCCUCCCCGAGAUGCCAGCCCCGGGGCCUUCGACCUGGAGCCGCUUCCCGCCUGCUGGGAGAAGGCCUACACCGAGGACGGAGAGCCCUACUUCAUCAACCACAACACGAACACAUCGCAGUGGCAUGACCCGAGACUGAGCAAGUCGCGAGUGUCGUACGACGGGGAGUACGAGCUUCCGUACGGCUGGGAGAGGAUUGACGACCCACACUACGGGACAUAUUAUAUAGACCAUGUCAACAGGAGAACGCAGUACGAAAGCCCACUUCCCCAUCUGAAGCUGCAAGCCUCACCUGGCUCACCCGGCUCUGGUGUGAGUACGGUGCAAGGUAACGGCAGCGUCAGUGGGGGUGGCGGCUGCAUCUCUCCUGGCAGCGGCCAACUGGCGGCGGUCAGCCCGCAGGGCUCCCAAUCGUCCCAACAGCAGUUGCUAGGCAACAGCAGCGCAUCCCAGCCCCGUGACGCCAGCCCCAUCCCUGGCGUGUCGUCGGCGAGCCCUUCCCACCACCACCGUCACCACCAGCGGCAGCAGUCCCCGACUACGAGCGGCGGCGGUGGCGGCGCCUCGACGUCUUCCUCCGCUGCGAACAAUAACCGUGAGUGCCGUCGACCGCGCACGCCCCCCUCGCGGCACUCCCCGCUGUUCCCCUGCCUGCCCUGCCUGCGAGACCAGCCCGCGACUAACACCUCGCCCUCGUCCUCUGAAGAAGGGGCCAUGCCCCCGACGACAGCAGCGCCGCCCCCUGGCUCCGAGAGGGUGCCGCCGGCCGGUCCUCUGUCCAACCACCGCCAGGAAGGAGGAGGAGGGUUGCUGAUGCAGCUGGGAGGCGGGUCCCAGCAGCUGCAACCCUCGGCCAACCACCGGCCCGCCGGCACCAUCACAACGACGCCCACCUCAGCUGCGGCUGCUGCCGCUGCACUGCGCACGCACCACCGGCCACCCCCCGCCACUCCCACCACUACACAGGAUGGCUCGUCUCCCUGCGCAGCGGCGGCCCUGCCAGCCUCAGACCACCACGGCUCGCAUGGCCGCCUUCCUUACCUGUUCACGCGGAAUCCAGCCGAGCUUCAGGGCGACAUCAUCCACACGUCGCUCGUGAAGAGCGCCCGAGGUUUUGGCUUCACCAUUGUGGGCGCUGACGAAAAUGACUCGGAGGAGUUUCUUCAGAUCAAGAGCAUCGUUCCCAAUGGACCUGCCUGGGCUGACGGGAAACUGCGCACAGGCGACGUGUUGGUGUACGUCAACAGCAUUUGCGUACUGGGCUACACUCACCAAGGUGUGGUGAGCCUGUUCCAGUCGAUACCGCCGGGCGAGAUGGUGCACCUGCAGGUGUGCCGAGGCUACGCCCUUCCGUUCGACCCCGACGACCCCAACACCGAGAUUGUCACCACCAUGGCAGUUACCUCUCCCGAUGACCCCAUGGCCCAUCACAGGCCUCGCCCUGAUGACUACCAGGACAUCUAUUCAAGUAAGAGCUUGGAGGACCUGGACAGCACGGAGUCGCGGACGCGGCCUGCAAAGUCGAUGCCGGACCUGAGUGGUCCGGACAGGCCGCGGCCACAGAGGCACAACAGCGCUGAUCUGCUCAGUGUCGGCAGCGGAGGGGCCCCGGACAUCCUGGAUUUCUCCGGGCCCGCUUCCCCCGGCGCCCCGCAGAUGCUGACAGUGGAGAUUGUCAAGGGAGCGUCAGGCUUUGGCUUCACGAUUGCGGACAGUGCCUAUGGCCAAAAGGUGAAGAAGAUUCUGGACGAGCCGCGCUGCCAAGGCUUGCAGGAAGGGGACCUCCUAGUGGAGAUCGAGGGUCGGGACGUGCGGGGACGCCCCCACACCGAGGUGGUGCAGGCGCUCAAGGACUGCCCUGUCGGCCAGGCGGCUCGCAUCGCCCUGCACCGAGGCGGUUUGAGGCCAGCGCCUUCCUCACCAGCUAAGGUCAAGGCUCGUGCCGCCAAGGUUCGUCCUUCGGAGGACUUCCUCUCGAAAGGAUCCAACUCGACCUUCUCACAUUUCGCCCUGAAGAGCUAUCACUCAGACGGUUACGUACCGGCGUACCAGGGCCCGUACCGGAGCAAGACACCAACUGCCGAGCUUUACAGUUCGCGCGAGAAGGAAACCAUUGUGGUCAGUCGUCCUAAGACACCGCUGGUGGACACUCGCCAUUGGACGUCCCCGUCGGCAGACACCUCGGGCACCACCAGCACGAGGUUGGAGCAGCAGACGUCCGUUCCCAGCAUGGAUGACACGCCGGCAGGGAACACCUCGUCCGGCAGCACUAGUCCGGCCAAGCCGCCCAGAACAGGCCAGUACGGUGCGUGGUACUUUGAACCAUCGUCCCGUCAGCCAGAGUGGGCCGGCCAGAACUUCCGGGACACGACGAUCCGUCCUGCGAAUCCCAGCCAGCAGCCGCAGACGCUGUCCCAGCAGCAACAGCAGCAGCAGUCACCCCGGUGGUACUCUUCUGCACAGGCCGACUACGGCACCACGUCUGUGUAUGGUGCCAAGGGAAACAGUCCUGCGUCGCAGCUGAGUAGCCCAAUCGUCGAGGAGCGGCCAGCGCUGUUGACGCCGACGCAGAAGGAUUGGUCGAGCCUGCCGGCUACGGACGGCCUUCCGCAGGGCAGGGGCUGGAGCUACAGCUCUCCCGACUACGGCUACACGCGGCUGCCGAGCCACCAGUCGCCGGGGCUGCGCUCACCGCUGUCAUCGCUCACGCAGCAGCUGAACAGCAGUCACCUGAGCAGCGGCAGCCCCUACUAUGGCCUUUACGGUUCUUCGGCGCUAGAAUCGCCGAGUUUCACACAGGAUAACCUGUCCGGCCGCAAGCACUCGACCUCCUUCGAGCACGAGCAGCCGGUAACGUCGGCGACGAUGCGUUCAGGGGCUGACACCCAUGCAACCGACGCAGUAGACCUAGUGGUGACGCUUCAUCGGCAGGAAAGCGGGUUUGGCUUCCGCAUCGUCGGAGGCACGGAGGAAGGCUCUCAGGUCUCCAUCGGUCACAUAGUGCCUGGUGGAGCUGCGGACCUGGACGGUCGGCUGAUGACCGGCGACGAGAUAGUCUUUGUGGAUGGCCAGAACGUCCUGCACGCGUCUCACCACCACGUGGUCCAGCUCAUGGGGGCCGCUGCUCUGAAUGGAUGCGUCACGCUGGGCCUCAGGCGGAAAGCUCGCUCAUUGGUGGACUCUCCUCAUCGGUUAAACAACUGCGAAGUCACGUAUCCCUACAACGUGACCGUGAUGCGUCAUGAGAACGAGGGCUUUGGGUUUGUCAUCAUCUCAUCAGUCGGGAAAGCGGGAUCCACAAUAGGCCGCAUCAUUGAGAACAGCCCCGCGGAACGUUGCGGUCAGCUGCAUGUAGGCGAUCGAAUCUUGGCAGUCAAUGGCAUCAGCAUCCUUGAUAUGCACCAUGGUGAAAUUGUCAACCUCAUCAAGGUGUCCGGGCUGUCCGUUGUCCUCACCAUAGGACCGCCCUUAGAUGACACUUCAAGCAAUGCAUCUGUCUCUCAAAGGGGGGAGGAGGUGGGGGGCACCCGUGGCCCAGAGCCCCCUGGCAGCGGCAGCGGCGGCGGGGGUGCCAUCGAUGGCGCUGGGGGGGAGUACCACAGCGUGGAGCUGCAGCGGGGGGUGCGGGGCUUUGGAUUUAGCAUCCGCGGGGGCCGGGAGUUUCACAGCAUGCCCCUUUUCGUGCUGAGGAUCGCCGACCAGGGCCCGGCCCAGCUCUCGGGAAAACUGCAGGUUGGGGACCAGAUCCUGGAAGUGAACGGCAUCAACACGAAAAACAUGACGCACGCCGACGCCAUCAACAUCAUCCGACAAGGGGGCAACACUGUGCGGCUCCUGGUCAAGCGGACGCGCAAGGUGCCAUCACCUCUUGUUGUGGAGAGCCCACCGAGCCUGCUUCAUCCUGGCAUGUCUGGCCUGCUGAAUGGUCCCCUGAGUCAGAGCUCACCCCGGAGUUCGAGCCAGGUGAACUCGCCGCCUCAGCAAAAGGACUGGUACAACUGGAACAUGGACACAUGAUUGAAGGGGACCAGGGGAGCCUGCCUCCCCAUGCGUGCAGGGUUCAUGACGGCCCUUGGGCCGCCACGGUUGGCCUGGAUGCCUGCCACUGUGUAAAGAGUCAAUAAGCUGUGGAACUUUUUCCUGAAUGUCCUUCUUCACAUUGCUGACCAUUCUUUCGAUAAGUGUAGAUUAUAUUUAGUGUAGCGCAGCUCUUGGCAGGUGACCACAGUCGGUCACCCAGCACAAGUCGACCGAACUGCGUCCUCGGGAGGAGUCCAAUGUGUUUCUGUUUUUCUGUGCAUCGUGUAUCGAGUGGAGAGCCUUCUUUUGGCUAGACUCUUGCGUCUCCUGUGUGUGCACGUGUACGUCCGACCACAGAGCAUACCAUCCAUCGUGCAGCUUAAUGUGCACAUCGGCAUGUUGAACAUGGCGCUUCCGCAACGAGCAUCAAUGCUACUGCACAUGGGGAUUGCAUCCAGUGCACACUCUCAGCCGAGCCGUCACGGCAUCGCCACUUUUCGAAGUGGGAAUUCACCGAAUGCUGCUUCCCCCCCCCCUCCCCUCUUUCUUUUUGUUGCAUAUAGUAACCUAACAUAAGUUAAACAAACGCAAGUGCACAAGUUACGAAAUGGGCUUGCAUUCUUUUUUUCAGCGCUGGCUCUUUGCCGUUUUAAUGUUGUUGCACGCCCCCUUCGUCCGCACCUGUUUGUCGUAACUGCGAUUGUACAUAAGCCAGUUUUAACGCAUCAAACUCGCACCAGCUAUUGUUGACUAAGAAUGUCUUUCGUAAUGCCUUUCUCUCAAAACAACCUGCACUUCCUUCCUCCUAUGCAGGGUAAUGGUUACGGCCCACCUCUCUUGAGCCCACCUCUCUGCUCUCUCUAUAUAAAAAAAGAACCUGUUGUUACAUGAGUCUGUGGAUAUGUUAAACACGAUGGGAAGCCUGGUCGUGUACUGGUGCCCUCCUAUUGCCAAAUCAGUUGGCCAAGACUACUGUUAGUAAAUGCGUCGCCAGUUUUCUUUUUUAUUUUCGGGGUUUUCGCCUUUGGGAAGCAUUUUCAUAGGAGUAAUCACUACCAUCUUCGCUGUUAUGUUGAUUGCCGUAUUAGUAUUUAUAAACUCUCAACUUCUCGGCACGGGUGAUACUAAUGCGCGCGGUUGAUGGAACAGAGCAAGGUGUUUGAUGUGGCCGUAAGGUUCAGUAAAAGCAUCAGUGAAUGUGCGGUUAAAUGAGAAUUGCCAUCUUUUAUUGCGGCGUUUGAGCGUUUCAUCAGAAUGAACUCUCGUUUUGUGUACUGUUGACACAUGCCAGACAGCCUCCAACAUUUGGGCCACGAUGACAAAAAAAUGAAGGCUUGCUAGCUAGUUGCAUCUAAACCGACUUUGGUUGUGUCCGUGGAUGUUUUAAAUUGUGGCCGAGGCAAAUGCAUUUAAUUUCGUUUCAUUUCGUUUUUCGUCAUCAUCACUACCAUGACUCUCUGAAUGCAAUGAUAAGAACAACCCGGUGGUACUAGCGCUAAAGCGCGGCACGUUCACGGCUUGUAAUUCUAAGCGCUCGUUUUCUAGGUUCUGACAUGGGCGGUGCUCGAAACAGUUGUUAGCCACGUUAAAGGUGCUUCAAAAAGUUAAGUUGAACGCAAGUUUACAUCCACUUUUUCUGUCACUGUGGGUUUUUACGUGUUUAACUUUCGUGUUUUUAUUUUUGUAAAUGACAGUUGUGAUUGUUAGAUACUUCUAGAAGAAAGGCGUUCCAGCGAACAGUAGCUACUGGAUGCAUACGCCUUGAGGUGCACCUUGUUCUUCUGUCGUUAGGCUUCUUGACUUGCCUGCUGUUUAAAUUUCUUUGCUUAGGUGGAAUGUGACUUUGCCUUGCUUAGAGUGAGAAAAGUGAAGAAGCAAAGAUAUCGAGUGAAGUACAACGUGCUAGUUAAGCUUUGUUACUGCCUGCAUGGUUACUGCACUGAAUUGUUUUAUAACAUGCCACAGAACAAUAGACAUCGCAAUAUCUGUAGAGCCUGUUUCCAUCAAGAAGGACCUUUCUCUACUCGACAUGUAUUGAGGUUUCAUUGCGAAAUUUGGAGCGAAGUGCCAAGUGUGCUCGCAUGCAGUGCAAGAAUUUGAAUCACAUAUGAGAAAGUUUCAAUGUGUCCACUUGCUGCAAAAAUGUUGUGUAGCACACGCGAAAGUAGUGUAGUGCAGAUGCACAGAAUUGACAAAACUAAGUUGAGUACAUUGUUAUUACUGUGAUUAUUGCAGCUUUGAUCACAGACGUUUAACACUGCGCAAAGCCGAGCUUGCAUUUGAGUCGACUUUUGACAUCAUGAUGAAAUUGUCACUAAGAUUUAAGUGUUGUACUGUCAACGUAAAUUGAAGCGUGAACAAGUAGAAGCUGGCUGGAACUCCUGUUGUGUGUAAUUACGUGAAAGUGCGACAUGUCAUUGCUCUGUCGCGAAUAUCUAAGCAUGGAGUAGUCCACAGUGUAUACUUUGGAGUCUAAAUUAAGCCAUUCUCGUAAGUGCAGGUGCACCUAGAAAUGGAACAAAGCAUUGGAGUAGUUUUGGAUUUGUUCAUGUUUGAAUUUUCGCUCAUUGUACACGCCUUUCACACACCAGCUUGGAUUACUUUCGUAUUUUGUCUGUAUAGUAAGUGCACCUGCAUCUGACUACCGUAAAAUUCUGAGCAAGCGCCACCUCAAAUUUCACUGCUUGCUACUUUCCACGCUGUUCAGGAAAAGCCCCCUCCAUCCGAUCCACAGCCUGAUAACACACCGCAUCUAGGCAACACUGGCCUGCUUGAAUCCAAUCCAAUCCUGCUUAGCAGCCUGAUCUAGGUCCUGCGCCUGAAAUUCAUCAAAAUUGGAUUCUUUUUCUUUUCCGUAUAAUGAUCGCACCCCGAACUUAAUGCAUAACACCCAUGAAGAUUUCCAGAUUCCUGCGAGCAAAAGCACGGCCUUCGAGAUCUGUACUUGCAAUUUGAAGAUGGUAACAUAUGUAGUAACACAUGUAGUUAAUGUAGUUAGCAAAAGGCCUUAGAGAUCUGUGGCUGCUGCCCAGAGCUGAUGUGUUGCCGUGGGCUUAUCAUUGAAAUCGCUUCGUUGCCAUACUUCCCGCGGUCUCAUGACACUGCCUAUGUGUUUCUUGUAUGAGUCAUCCUUUUGAUGUGUCAUGCCACAAACGAGAGCUAGACUUCUGAGGAAGUCCAUGUGCACUCUACUUUUCCAGCAGGAAAAUUCUGCCGCCGCCAUCUUGAAUAUUGGUGCCAUUUCGGGAAAGCCCACCCCCCCUCGAUUUUGCCGGUAAUUUCAACUUGCUGAGGGGGAGGCACUUGCUCAGAAUUUUACUGUAAGCAUACUGGAGAGAGUAUGCGAGGAGUUUGUGCUUUCUUGGUUUCUGAAGAAUAGGAUGGAUGUAGGAAAAACCAGAGGGAUACUAAAUUGAGUGCCGAACUUCACGUUCACACUAAGGCAAGAGCGAUAUAAGUUCUUGGCAGAGAAAACUUAAUAUAAUAGUAUUGUCAAUUUUUUGGGGUGAUGUACACGUAAUGCCAAUUAAACUUCGCGAGUGUUGCAGUAUUUUCAUUUCGUAUUUACGCUGUCGCUGGAACGUCACCUUAGCUAGUACACUGAAAUAUAAAUGUGCAGUGAGUUUUAAAAAUACUACUAAAAGGCCACUUCUGCAGUUGUAUUGUCCAAAUUCAGGUGAAAACAUGGUUCCAUUAACUGUAUGAAAAUUUGUCGCUCCUGUGGGUUGCUCAAUGGGACAAGAAAACUUAUUACCUUGAUAAACUUGUUAUGCAGCAUCGUAUCGAGAUUCAUCUGUGAUUAGAGAAACAACAGACUGAGGGACAGAAGGAGAAAUUGCAAUCUUGCAUCAGCUUUUGCCUUGACCUUUUGCGUGUUGUGACUUGCCAAGUGUACUUUAAGGUAAGCGUUAGCUCAUCAAUAUUUUGCCGUAUUGUCCUUUUAGAAGACAUGGGUAUUCCUGACUUCUUUUACAUAUCCUCGUGGUGCUCAACUACAUUUAUUGAAUUUUAGCCUUUCUUUGUUGUAUAGAAGGCCGCACAGUGUUUUUUCUUUUUAUUCAUCGAGAGUCGAUUAAUUUGUGAUCUGUUUUAACUGAAAUUGCAGAUUUUAACACUCACCCAUUUUUUAACACUGAUGUGUUCAUCAACGUAACAAAAGAGGAACAAAACAUUUUCUGCAUCAUGUAUAAAAAUUUUCCUUGCUUAUUUAUGAGAAUGCACCGUGAUCUUUAGACCCGCAUUUUUCACGCUUUAUUAUUUUUUUCUCCUUCACAUCAUACAGUGAUGCGUGAACUGCUUGCUGGGUUAAUCAAAGUACAUUCAUUUUUAAGCAGCAUUCUUUUGAAUGUAUGCCAAUGUGAGAAAAACCUGUCAUGAGUUCUUGGAAUCGUUAGCUUGCUCUUUAAAACCAUUCCAUUCUUGUCCUUUUUCCUUCCCCUGUUUAACGGGAAACGGAAAUACAGCUUAGAAAUUGUUCGAUAUUACCAAUGUUGGCAUGUCUUUCUGUAUUAAUGGUGUGUUGACUGGAUGAGGCAAUGCCCAUGUACAUAUGUUUAACAUUUUACAUUGGCUCUGAUUCGAGCUUAAGUAGGUGUGAUCUGCUUUUUUUUUAACGUUGUGUUUAAAAGGUCCUUUUGUGUUACAUCUUAAAAAUGGUCUUCAUUAUGGUUAUCAACUAACUUGAGGAACGGUAAGAAAAAGAAAUAAGGUACAUGUGUAGGAUGUGUGCGAUUAAAACAUCAGAAAUGCAACACACACAUUCCAACCUUUGAUAAGUAUUUCAACAAUGCAGCUUUUUCUCAUUUGCAGCUUUGGGACGGGGAUCAUGCUUGCAGUCGAUUGCCGGAGGUGUUUUUUAGGCUCUUGGUGUUUCGACUACCGGUUGUGUUGGUACUGCAUGACUACAUUAUAUGGAGAUGUAUGUUCUGAAAACUAAGCACCCACGUUUCUUUCUGGACGAAAAUGCUUAAAGGAAAAAUAUUUAACGUGAAUGUAGGACGAACCCGCCGUGAUGACAAUACCAUCGUAAUAUGAUCAUCGGCUGUUCACAUGUGAACACAUGCUAGAAAGAGAAAAGUAUGUCGAACAGAUAGCCUAUUAGAGGCAGCGUUCGUUGUAUUAUCUCUUAAAGGAAAGGUGGCUAGAAUGGUCAUCUUAAAGUGUUAAACAUCCGCAGUGGGAGUUUCCUUCCUUUUUAAACCACUUCUUGACCCUAUCUGCUAAAAUGUGGCACAGUUGAAUGAAAGUGAUCUGUUGAAAAGUACUGCUCCUGUUUAGGCAAUAAGCCAUGACAUCAUUUACUCUUCUAUUAUGUAUGUUUUUAUGUAUACCGUCCCUCUUGCCGCUAGGACUGAAAUUUUAAUAUUUAAUUCACGCAGCAUGCACGACAUCGUAGGUGUCAUUACGUCGACUUAAGCUUAUCAUGUGGUACAGAUGCCAUAACAAACUAGUGCCGUCAGUUGGCAGCUUUGGGGAUCAUGUUAGGAAGAUGGUAGGUAGUACAACGGAGUGUGCAGCAUUGGUGGUUUUAAUGUCAGAAGAGUGCGAGAGGUUUGUAUGAAACCGUAUAUUUACAUGAAGUAUGUGCCACGCCUCCCAGACCCCUCCCUUCUUUAAGGUUUACAAAAUAUUCCAUAGUUCAGUGUAGUUUGGCAUUAGCCGCUGCUUGACAAGCAGAAUAGUGAAUGAUACGGGAGAAAAAAACAAAACGUUUCUGACAAGUGCCUGCUGUGCAUUCUUGCACGGAAAACACGUUUCUGCCAAAAUUAGCAGCUUCUUUUUUUUUUGUCCUAGAUGUACUACAAGGAAAGCAACAAUGUAGGAAGUAAACCUUCAUGUGAAUGUUCUCGAUAUAGAUAUAUAUAUAUAUAUAUAUUUUUCCCCACCUUGAUCUUACUGUUCCUGGCGAAUCUUGACGCCUUCUUUUAUUGCCAACUUUUAUUGCUGUACUACCGGUGCUGUGGGGAUCCUGAACUGGUAUUUGUUGUUCGGGGUUCCCGACACCACUCUCUCUCUCCCUGUUGUUCUCAUGUACCAUUUUGUACAAGCCUUUUUAGUGUGCCUGAGAGAGAGGAUUGUGUAAAUUUAGCGAGUGAAUACAAAACCCUGUUAUUAUCGCUGGCUGUAGUAGACAAAAAAAAAAGUAUAUUAGAAGUGUAAAAUGCAAAAGGAGAUUGGUGGAUAUUUCGGUGCAGUGAGCAUUUUAAUGCGCACGAGGAGAGUUGGUGAGACUGGCCGCAAAGUUUUUUUUUUCUAUUGGCGCGGCUUUUCUCUGUUCGACAGUGUGCCAUCUAAGACAAGUCUGGAAAUAAAUUUUAUCUGCAGAGAUAU